CACGGCCAACAAGUGUCCUGUCCCAAAAUAAAGAGCAGAGCAGACUGUGGAACAAGAACAAGCUUCUGCGAGUGGUCAGUGCAAAAGUGCUUCGAAUUGGUAUUUCUUCAAAAGGAAUGUCGAUUUAAUUGCCCAGCAAUUAUCCUAUAAUUUGAUAUACAUUUGAAAAGAAAGCUCCUCUCAGCCAUGGGCAUCGCCUUGAUGUUUCUGCUGGCUCUCUACCAGAUGCAGUCGGCCAUACACAGCGAGAUCAUCGAAGCGCCUAGCUAUGUUGAGAACUCACUGCUGGACGCAGAGGAAGUGAAUCCCAAGGCAACCGAAUCGGAUAUUUUGGAUGGCUUGCUUAGCGACAAGCUCGAUCAAACUGAACUCGAAUUUCGUUAUCCCAUCUCGGCCAUCGGCAUAGACUAUAAUAAAAAUUCCGUGGUGCUGCGCUUUCAGAAGCACGCUCACAAGCCCAACUUCAAGUACGAUCCGGACUAUGAUCUGAAGCGCAAGUCUGUGCAGGAUAAUUUUAUGCGCUUUGGCAAGCGGCAGCCGGAGCAGCUGCCACAGGCAACGGGACCGAGUUACUACGAGGCUGUCAAGCGCUCGGCCAUGGAUCGCUAUGGCCGUGAUCCGAAGCAGGACUUCAUGCGGUUUGGGCGCUCGCCCUCGGACUUUAUGCGCUUUGGUCGUGCGCCGACGGAUUUCAUGCGUUUCGGCCGUGAUCCCAGUCAGGACUUCAUGAGAUUCGGACGCUCCGAUAACUUUAUGCGCUUCGGCAGAAAUCUCAAUUUCCACGAGGAGCUGCGCAGCCCCAAACAGGAUUUCAUGCGUUUCGGUCGUCCGGAUAAUUUUAUGCGCUUCGGACGUGCGGCGCCAAGUGAUUUCGAACGUUACGGCAAAAUGGACUCGAAUUUCAUGCGAUUCGGCAAGAGUGUGAACAGAUCGGGGGCAGGAACUGGCGCUGGAACUGAAACGGGAACUGGAGCAGCUAGUUCUUCGGAGACCAAGCAGCAAAAUAAAUUGGAGGGCAAGCAGCAGGGCAUUGAGGAGGGCAAUCCCGUGGAUAAGGCCAUAUCGAUGCUGUUCAACAAGCAGCAGCAGGGUCAACAGGGUCAGGGCCAGGCUCAAAGGUCGUCACAAGAUCAGCAACAGUUGAAAAGUGGCGAACAAACCGAAUCGGAGGAGCAAUUCUAUGAACCAUAAUUUCUUACACACUCAAAACACGCUGUAAAUAAAUAAUAUUGGCCAAAAACUGAAAAUGAUGAUACAAAUAUAAAUAUAUUCACACUAUAAAUACUGCAAUAGAAAACGAAACUAUAAAAAUGCAGCACAACUGUACUUUGAAUUUUUAAUAGGGCUGGAUUAAAAAUUCACCAAGCUUUGAUCUGCUCACAAAAAAAAAGAAGCAAGAAAUAUAUUAAAAAUAUAUAUAUUGAAAACCAAGCAAAGGUCAAAGGUCACACAUACACAGAAACACUACAAAAAUACCUACCU